GGUAACAGCCAAAACGCCGGCCUGGCCGCUCUCAUCUUUCUCUCUGCAACGACCGGAUUGAUUUGCAUCUCAGCAGUUUCGUGUAUAUGUAAUCUGAGAAGUCAAGAAAAUCCUUUCUCUGAUUACACCAAGAACGCCGGUGUGAUUGCUUUACGGCUUUCCUUCGCUGGCACCUGACAUCCAACAUUGGUACAUAGAUAUACAUAUAUAUCUGUAAAGGUGUUUUUCGAAAUCACUUACGAAUUGGUACACGUAAGUUGGUCCACUUCGAUUGCAACCUAUACGGUUCCUUAGGAUAUCAAACUGCUGCUUCUUCAAGAGUGACCAGAAGGGACAUCGUCCCGGAUCGAAAUUAGACCUCUUAUAUGCUAUGAUGAUGCAAACCUGUGUGGAAAUUGUUCACCCUCUUCGUUGAACUUUCAUCGUUGAUCAUGGAAAGCGACGAUUAAAUUGUAAACACGUCGAGGAAACAUGUGCAGAUGCUGCGGACUACUAUCGGGUGGAUGACAGGCUCUUCAAGGAUGGAUUCCAGUAAGAAAGCGGAGACAGUUAAUAGCAGUCAGAGCACAGUCGCACAGUCUGAAAGCUCGGACUCUAUUGAGGUAGACAAUUCGCGUACAGUCUUGUUAAAGAUAGCAACUCUGUAUGCGGAACGUCUUAUGAACGACAUCUGUCUUGUUGUGGAUGGUGUGGAGUAUCCGGCACAUCGACUUAUACUCUGUGCUUCUAGCGAUGUUUUCCAAGUGAUGCUGAUGAGUCCGCAAUGGAGCGAGUCUCAAGAAAGCAGGGUAACCCUUCAAGAAACGCCUCAGUGCGCGCCCAUAUUCAGCGAAUUUUUGCGCUACUUUUACACCGGUCAAAUAAGAAUAAACUAUAGCGUCGUUCUACCAAUACUGUCUCUAGCCGAUAAGUACAACGUCAAAGAUUUGAUAUUGUUGUGCCUUGACUACAUGCGAAAUCAUAUCGCGCUCGCUGCCAUACACGGCACCCUGGUGUCCUGGCUGCAGUACACGCUGAACUGCGGCCACCACGACAUCAGCCAGGCGUGCCAGAAUUUCAUCAAGUGGAACUUAGGGCUUGUGGCGAGGACCGCGGACUUCGGGAAUUUCGACUUAGAUAUUCUAGUAUCGUUGCUACACCAAAGCAGCUUAGUCAUAAAGGACGAGAUGACGCUCUACAAGUGCCUAGAAUUUUGGCUGGAUCAUCAGGCGGAACGUUUGAGAGCGCAGCUGUCGCCGGACGAGUUGGAAGCGACAUUGCAUCAACUGGUGAUCGCGGUGAUGUCGCCCGUACGAUUCCCGAUGAUGUCACCGCGGCAACUGGCGGAUCUGCUGCUGUCGCCGUUGACGAAGAAAUACAAGGAGUUCUUCGUAGAACGUAUGUCGAUUGGCAUGUCCUUCCAUUCGGGUCAAACGGACAGAGUGAGAGAAGUGAGUCUUAACGAGGAGGAUGGGGCUUUGUUGUUCGAGCCUAGACUGUACACCGUCGACACCUGUAGCUCGCUACUGACCAUAGAAAACUUCCACGGUCUACCGUCAUAUCACACGAGGACCCUCGUGUUUUCCAGUCAUUCCAACUUGGCGGAAUACGCCGGCGACAAGACCUGCGAGUGGGUGGUGGACAUCUAUCCCAAGGGCGUCUGGUUCAAGAAAUUUUUCCUCAUAGUCUGGCAGGGCACGGUGGAGAUGCCCGAGCACGUGAAGCGAUCGGUGAGGCUGUCGUUAACCUGCAAGGAGCCACCGUUUAACAGUCACAUGCGCGUGAAGAUCGGGGUCUUGAUUUACGGUUUGCAGGACGGGGUGGAACAUAUCGCGAGAGUCACCGAGAUCAUUCACAGAUUCAGCAGGAAGGAUCGUAUCCUGAAUCUCGACGAUCUCCUGCCGUUCGAGGAGCUCAAUCCGCAACAGGGCUCGGUCUCGGAAAACGUGUCUCCCUUCCUGGUGGGUCCCAACAAAGACAUGCUCAAAUUACAUAUUGUUAUAUCGCCAGCCAAUUAGCGUUUUACGACGUCACGUUAUGUUCGAUGCAAAAAAUCAUAGCGAGACAGAUGUUUAUUACCUUUUGUUUUUAUAUAAAAAUAUGAUAGGCAUCACAAAUUUUGUUUCUCUGACUAUGCGAUCACGUUUUCCUUCUUUUGUUUCUUAUGCGCAAAUAUUUUCCCAACAUAAAAAAUUUUAAAAUUUAGUACGUACCCCCAGGUAGCAAGUUUGCUUGGGACGUAUAAUUGCUUCCAUCCUCCUACGUAUUAUUAUUAUUAUUAUAGAUAUAUUUGCGAAUAUAUUCUAUAAAUUUUAAAUAUCAAUUCAAUUUCUUGCGCAAAACAUUUACGUGAUACAAAAGAAGAAAAAGAAAAUGAUAUCUUAAUGAGGUAUAUUAUCAUUAUGUGGAUAUAUCAAAUGCGAUGUACUUUGGCAAAAAAGUUUAGUAGCUCCUGCUGCCACACUGUCAAUGUGAUUCUUUACGUAUAAACUGUUACGAUUUUGUCUAAUGUCUUGUAAGGUGUGAGUGUGUACUGUAUAUAUUAUAAUAUAGAGCUGAGAUAUACAAACAUUAUUUUAAGUCUAACAAAUUAUGUGGUUAUUGUGUGCAAUAUGUGACGAUGCAGAAUGCGAGCGUACUUUAUGAACAUAUAUAGAUAUAUACGUGUUAUAAUAUAUAGGCUUGUGUAUAUUAGAGUCCUGACUCGCGAACCGAUAUUACAUUUUUGUAACAAAAUUGUCAAUAUAAUGAAGAUUUUUAGCGUCCAUAAAGAUUUUUUUAAUUCUUCUUCCAGAGGCAAAAGAUAUCUCUUAUCACACUUGAGGUAAGAGAUAUUUUCUGUUUCCGGUAGAAAUCAGAGCUUGCACAGAUAUUCCAUAUCUCGUUAAAAAGGCGAAGGAUAAAAAGCAUUUUCCAAGAUAAGACGCAGCUUUAAUGCUGCUUUAUUUAUCGUUAUUAUUUUUGUUAUUAUUAUUACGCUUUUGAGAUACGGAAUGUCUGUAGGAUUUCUUAUUAUGUAAUAUUUUGUUUUCUUUCUACUCUAUCUCUGUAUAUAUGAGAGAUUUCCGAUGAGUUGUUGAAAGAAAAAAUUGACAUCGCUUUCUUACCACCGAUAUUACGUGUUCCUGCGUUGAGGAUUUUAUUUAUUAACUUAUCAGUUAAUAUUGUAGCGAGACUAAGACCUGGGAAAAUAAAUAAACAUGUAAUCUUUAUUCUUAAA